AUGGAUAUCAGCCGGGGCUAUACUGAUCCAAGCGGCCGCAGCCGUCGAGUCGGUGGGAAAGAUCUGACAGCUACUGGUAUCUACCCGGGCACCUUCGCGAUGAAAGUUGCGGGCCUAUUGGACAACCACUUCAAGACUAUGAAACCCAAACCCGUUGUCGAGGAGGAGUCGAUGGAGCUGUAUGAUGACUCGUGCGACGAAAGCUCUGACUCUGGCCUGGAGAACUUGGUCGGCAAUAGCUCCCAGCUGUGA